UGUAAAUAUGGAUUCAAACAAAGUGUGUGUCGAGAAAGUGUGAUUUUUAAAAAGCCAUUCAAAGCUAUGUGCACAGAUUUGACAGUAGGUGGCACAAAAGAUCUGCUUACAACAUAUCAUGAACACAGCAGCGGUGCCAUGAGCAGCACACACAUUUUACAACAGGACUCUUAUCAGCGGCGCAAAACACCUUACGACAUACCCGUGUUUCUGUAGGAGAGGAUAUUACCUGAUGCAUAACUGCAUGUACUUAUUGCACAUGAGUAGUUGCAACAGCUGAAGUGACACAUUUACGUAGGAUUGCUUCUCCUGUACCAGUGGCUUUGGGUCUGAGGGACGUCAGCAUGAAGGUGCCUCCUUUAUCUCUGAUCAACUUUACUCUACUGUUGGGUCAAAUAUUCAGCGUAUCUGCGGGGAAAAUACUAGUUUUCCCACUGGAUGGAAGCCACUGGGUAAACAUGAAAGUACUGAUAGAGGAACUACAUGCCAAAGGACACGAGGUCACUGUGAUUCGCCCAUCAGAUAGCUGGUACAUCAGUGAAAAGUCUCCUUUGUACACAUCUGUCACACUUCCGUUCAAAGCAGGCUUUGAAGAAAACUUUGAAAAACUUUUGACUCCACUGCUGGAGAUCCAGCUGCGGGCUUCAUCUACAUAUCCAUGGUCUGACAUCUGGAAAGGUCUCCAGAUGAGGCAGGCAGUUGUGAACCAGUUCAAUGACUUACAUAAGCGAGUGAGUGAAAUGAUCAUUGAGAUGUUUGAAGAUAAAAACCUUAUGCGUUCGUUACAAAAUGCCAAAUAUGACGUGGUUUUGACUGACCCUGGCAUUGGUGGAGGAGCCAUGUUGGCACGCUGGCUCCAAGUUCCUCUUGUUAAUAAUGUCAGAUGGACCUAUAUAGGAGAGGCUCAUUUACUUAUUGCCCCCUCUCCUAUGGCAUACAUUCCUUUCACUGCAACAGAGCUGACAGAUAGGAUGACUUUCCCUCAAAGAGUCAAGAAUUAUUUGAGUUAUAUGAUUGGGAUGUACACAAUGUCGUCAAUGUCAUAUCCUCACUACGAACCUGUGGUCAGGAGGUAUUUUGGUCCUGAUGUAGAUUACUCAUCAUUUGUCCUGGAAGCGGAUAUCUGGCUCAUGAGGACUGAUUUCAUCUUUGAGUUUCCCCGUCCUACGAUGCCAAAUAUUGUCUACAUGAGUGGAUUUCAGUGCAAGCCUCCUAAGCCACUGACUGCAGACCUGGAGGAUUUUGUCCAGAGUUCUAAAGAUCAUGGGGUCAUUGUGAUGACCUUAGGAACUUUAGUGGGGAAGCUCCCUCAAGAUAUUGCUGAAGAGAUAGCUGCAGCCUUUGCACAGCUGCCUCAGAAGGUUGUAUGGCGGUACAUGGGACAAAGGCCAGUUAGCCUGGGCAAUAACACAUUAUUAGUCGACUGGUUGCCACAGAAUGACCUGUUGGCACAUCCCAAAACUAGAGUGUUUGUGAGCCAUGGAGGCACCAAUGGAGUUCAAGAAGCAAUUUACCACGGAGUUCCUGUAGUUGGGUUGCCAAUAUGUUUCGAUCAGCCUGAUAACCUCUCCAGAAUCAAAGCAAAGGGAGGAGCAGUGACUGUGAAGUUUGCCAUGCUAGACAGACACACUUUUAAAGAUGCACUGAUGACAGUUCUUUAUAACUCUUCUUACAGGGAAAACAUGCAGAGACUUUCUAGGCUGCACAGAGAUCAGCCAAUUAAUCCACUGAGCCAUGCAGUGUUUUGGAUAGAAUAUGUUAUGAGGCAUAAAGGUGCUCGUCAUUUGCAAGCACAAUCCAUCAAAAUGUCCUGGUUUGUUUACAACUCCCUCGAUGUCAUUGCUGUUUUUUUGGUUGUUGUCCUGCUCCUGACAUUUUUCUGUAUAUCCAUUGUAAGAUUACUGUGGAGACUGAUUGUUGGGAAAAAGGUUAAACGUGAAUGAACAAAUGAACAGGCAGUAUGAUCAAUGACUUGUGCUUAAACCAAGCAUUUCCAUUAGGGCUGCAACAACUAUUCUAUUAUUAAUUUAUGUAACGUAAUGUACUUUAUUUCUACAUUUUACAACAACCCACAGUUGACCAAAGUGCCUUACAAAAUAAAAGCAUUACAGACACAGCAAUAAAGGCAGACGGUAAAAACAAAUUCAUGAAACAUAAAUCAAAGCAUGAAAAUACCAAUUAAAACCACACAAGAAUAAGAAGUGAACUAAAAGAAUAAAAACUGUCACCACAAAAAGUGGUGACAGUGUGUGUAAAAAAAAUAGUGAUAUCUUAUGGUGAAACUGUAGAUCAGUGGUGUCAAACUAGCGACCCGUGGAUCAUAUAUGGCCCCCCAAUCGAUUACAUGCAGCCCACCAAUUACUAUCAUGUGUUUAAAGACAAUUUAAUACUGAAUAUGUUAGUUCCGCCUUGAAUAGUGUUGAAUAGUA